CUUCAGUAAACCUUGUUCAUGCAUUUUGUGAGCUGCCAGAGUGAAGUUUAUAUCCAUCGGGAAGGCCCGCUCCUGAAAUUUAUUCUGCUCUUAGCGCCAAGUCAAUUAUUCCACAACCCAAAUCCACCCCAACACACCUACAAUCCCACUUUCUUUUUCGGUAUUCAAGACAACACUACCCACCCAGGUCAUGUGAUACCCCCAGCGGGUACUCAUCACAAUGACCACCUACGUAUAUCCCAGCGCCUUCAGUCCGUUGACCUCUCAGCUUGGUGUGAGCGUCGGAGCCGGGGCCGCAGGAGCCAUCACAUCAGCCAACGACGAAGCCACGACUUCGUCAAAGUCUGCCAAGGACGCCAGCUUCGCGACCUUCAUCUGCCACACUGCCUACCUCGAGGGGCAGCUACGAAAGGGCGACCAGUCUGCAUUCUUUGCAGCUGGUGGGAAGCAAAUUGUUAAUCGUAAGAGGAUUGGAGAGGGCGCUUCGUUCCUCGUCGACCGGGCCGAAUUGCAAAGCAACACCGAGACAGACGGCAGCCAAGGCCCCAAGUACGUCGCGGUAAAGACGGCCAAAGAACCGACUGCCGACGCCGAAAGCAGUGGAAGAUGGCGCGAUAUUUUGUUCGAGAUACGCGCCCUGCUGCACGAGCCCCUCCGCUACCACCCAAACAUUGUUCACCUUCUCGACAUUCGCUGGGACGGCAGCGAGACAGGCUCUCCCUUCCCGACGCUGGUGGUUGAAUAUGCCGAGUCCGGGACCCUGCUCAGUCUGCAGAGAUCACAUUCCCAGCAUCCCCUCCCCUUCUCCAUCAAACAGAAGCUAUGCUACGAUGUCGGCAGAGGGCUGUCGAUCCUUCACGCGUGCGGUAUCGUCCACGGUGACCUGAAGCACGAAAACGUGCUCAUAUUCGCGAACCGCAAUCAAAACCCUCCCGGCCAGCCUUACACGGCCAAGCUUGCCGAUUUCGGUGGCACCGUGAUGGACAUGGUGGACGACGACGGGCGCGAGAUGCAGGGCCACCGGCUGCGCGUCAGCACGUUUCCCUACGAGGCGCCCGAGGUCGGCAGGCAGCUGUCCACCGACGGGGCCAAGAAGACGGACGCAUACUCGUACGGCAUGCUCAUCUGGCGCUGCAUGCUCGACUGCGCCGACAUGUUCCUUCUGAGCGGCCUGCAGCUGCCCAAGGGCCGACCCGAGGAGGCAGAGCUGGAGAGGAUGAACGAGUACAAGCGGUCGGAUCAGGUGCUGGAGUGGGCCAUGUCUACGAUUUCGGAACAUUUUAUCAGAAAGACAAUACCGGCGGCGAGCUUGCAGUUGGUCAUGGCCGCCCUCAUGUUCACCCUCCGCGGGGACCCGGGGCAGCGGGCCUUGGAUCGGGCGCAGGCGCGCAUGAGGGGUAUGACGGCGAAUUUGGGCUAUUCUUAUACCCUGGUCAAGGACGAGGCCAACAGGAGGACGACAGAGAGUGAGCGUUACAGGACCCCGGGCAGCCAUGGAUUGACGGUGGAUACGGUGGGUUAUGGGCUUGGAAGAUUGGGGGACGAGUACGACGCGCAGAACAACUUGCCCGGUUACCGGCCCGACCUACCUCAUCCUGAAAGAGGUGGCUUCCACUUUGAUCCGCUGACUCUACGCGGUCUGCUCGACUGGGAUCAACAAGUGGCCAUGCUGGACGAGUUCAAGGCCGCCGCCGAGGGGGGAGCCCAAGCAACAGUAACAAGCCUACAGCCCUGGACGGCCGCAUUCUUCCUGUACCAGUGUUACAUUGUCGGAUUCGGUACCCAAAUAAACGCACAAGAGGCCUGCAGGUGGCUGUCCAAGGCAGCCGACCCUCCCGAAGAGAUUGCCGGCGUGGACUACCUGGCGAGAGCAUGGCUCACGCGCGUAUACUCGGCGCUCGGCGUCGACAUCCCCCUCAGCCCCGCACAGCAAAAGGAAAACCUCUGGUGGAGCGUCAUCCGAGGUCACCGGCUGUGCUCUGUCGACCUGCGCGCCCUUGCUAUGCAAUACCCGCAAGAAGCCGCUCGAGAAGACUGGUUGGGAUCUUUGGAAGAGGCCGAGUGGAACUUCAAGACGAGAACCGGUGCGACUGGCAUGCCAUUUUUCAUCCGACGAAAGCUGUCACGAGCUUGGUCCGUUGACGGAGACAUGGCGGCGCUCGACAACGAGAUCAGGAUGGACCUAGGCAGCCAGUACGACUCUUGCGUCAGACAGUCAGCAGGCGAGAACGGCCAAGAGGCCGGGGACGACCAGGAGAAGCGCUUUGACAAGAUCUACGUCAACCACAAAGGCCACGGUCUUCUUCACCUCGCGGCAGCGUAUGGAUCCGAGGCUGCCCUCCGCCACAUGCUCCACAAGUACGACUGCAGCAUUGAUCUGCGUAACCAGUCCCACAGCGAGACGCCGCUCCUCUGUGCCGUCAAGGCCGGAAACCCACAGUGCGUCGAGCUUCUCCUCGACCGUGGCGCCCUGCCAGAUGGCCACAAGCCCGGCAGCGAGGGCUUGGUGGAGGAAACCCCGCUGCACUGGCUGUCGAGCUUUGGUGAAACCAGAGACGAGGAGGAAUACAUGCACCGCUUGAUCGACAGGCUGCAAGCGGCCGGGGCGGACAUUGAGAAGGUCACGGGCGGGGGCAGACCCGAGGUCAGGGGCAUCAUCGCGGACUGGGAGAAUAGCCUCGGCAUCCCGCUCACGCCUCUUGGACGUGCGGUCCUGCAUCAAAGCCAUGCGGCUGUUCGGAGGCUCUUGGCACAUGGCGCCGACCCUCUCGGCAGGAGCAGCAAGACGGCGGCCAGGUCUCCACUGGAGCUGGCUGCCGUAUUGACACUGCCUGACAUGCUGGAGCUUCUUCUCAAGGCGGUCGACGAGCGCGACUUGGACGACGAUGUUGACAAGCCCAUUGUCUGGGACGAGAACGAAAUGCUCGAGGCGGCGCACAGCGGUGCCGUCACGGGCUAUGACCCCCUGACGCUGCAGAGCAGACUCGUGCGCUGCGGGUCAAACUACAAGGUUUGGCUUCGACGGACGCUACAGAUGCUGCGAGAUCGAAGGCGCCAUCAGGAAGGAGCCGCAGGGAAGGCUCUUGUUGCAGACUCCAGCGGAGGUGCGAGCCUCUGCCGUGAAAUCAAGCUUGGAAACUCAGACAUUGUCGAAGCACUCCUCAACAUCGGCCAUCCGGUAGAAGGGACGCCGGGUUCGCGGCCGAUAGAGGCUGCCAUCCUGUCGAAUAACGGCACCGCGUAUGAUAUUCUCACCACGAACCUUUCCCCACUGAGCUUCCCGGAGAACGAAAACAAGACUCUACUGCAGCUGUUUGCUUCCAGGCCAAGAACAGCACCACGCGACACCGCCAUCGCCGAGCAUCUCAUAGCCAGCGGCGUUUCCGUUGAGCCUCAUCCCCAAAGCAGCCUUCCUGGAGCCUUAAGCCUUGCCAUCUAUAGGCGGUACUUUGACCUCGCAGACCUGCUGAUUGCACACGGCGCAGGAUCAGAGCUCAACUCUUACUACACACCACCAAGCACAACCGACACGGACCAAGUCUCUCUGCUGGGGGCGCUCCUCAAACAACACAGCUUUGCAACGCUAGAUUCCAUCUCGUACCUGGCGCGCAUCCACAGCGCUGGCAAAGUCAGCAUCAGCCCGCUGGUCAACCGGACGUGCAACCUCACCGCCGUCCACAUGCUAUGCCUGCAGCCGGCAGAGGAAUGGAACAGCCACUCGCAGAUCUCGGACUGCAUAGUCCAGAAGAUCAUCGAAAUGUUUCCAGACAAGGAAAGCCUGGGAGAGCACGCGGCGCACCCCAAACUCGGCACCCCUCUCAACGCCGCCAUCGUCGCCGCCAACACGCCCAUGGUCACCGCGCUCCUGGAUUCGGACCACGUCGCCGCCGUCGACGCGCCCGAGCAGCCCAGCCAGCUCGACUGCGACGGCGCCUCGCCCCUCAGCCCCCGCGUCCUCGCCACCUUGCUCGCCCAGCGCUCCAUGGCCGACUUUGAAGCCGCCCUGGCCGCCUCGACGGCCCCGCCAGCGCACGAGCUCGACAAGCUGAAGCGCCGGUUCGACAUUGCAGGCAUGCUCGCCGUGCCGCCGGGCCAGGCCCCGCCCGACGCGCCCGCCGGCCUCGUCUUCCGGCACCCGAUCGAGUACGACGCCAAGCUGCGGCGCUACGAGCUGGAGCUGGCGUCUGUCGGGGCAGCGAGGCCCGCCGAUCUCCACGUGCCGAUUGUGGGGAUGCGGUCGCUGGGCCUGGACGAGCAGCAGCAGCAGCAGGGUGGGAGUUUGGGCGGUGAAGGUGGCAGCGGCAGCACGACUAGAGAUCCGAAUCUGCCCGUUGACCUGUCCGUGCUGACGGAGGAGCAGCCGACCGGGUGGCACGAGGGCGUCGAGAUGACGCAGCUCAUGGCCCUCAGGGUCUUUCUCAAGACCUUUCGCGGCUCCGAGGCUGGAAGGCUGGGGCUCGAUGGGACGAAUGCAUUGAUGAACCAGACUUAUAAUAGGAACAGGGCUGGCGCUGCAGAUGGUAGCUGAUUUAGGAUUUAUAUAAGGGGUUCUUGUUCUGGGACUGUCAGGGAGACGUUGGAGUGUUUGAACAGAGAAGAAUUGUUUCUUGUUCUGAUGCAUUGUCUUUCACGUCAUUUUAAAUCUCUCGAUCUCUCGGUCUUUUGAGACGAGCGCGCUUGUCAACACACUACACUAAAUAUGUGCUCUAUCUAUAUGGCGAAGAUUUAGGUGCCUUGUCGCGGGUCCUGGGAUACUGUAUUGCAGUCGGUAAUUUAUAGCUACGUGUGUUCGGGUUGCAAAUACUCUCCUGGAAGAUUAGCUCUCUACAUUCGAUUUUCCAUAGAUUAUGCCUAGCUAGAUAUAGCCACGAGUUACAUCCAAAGCGAUCAAGAGUGUCGUCAUUAUGUAGAGUUUAUCACGCCCAUGACAAAUGAUUUCGCCAUGGUCCC